AUGCAGCUCCCCCCUCCCCGAAUUCUAGAAGGGCGUCAACAAGGGGUCCUCCAGCUGGACAGGGGCAACGGCAUCCGUGGCCGCCCGGGAGGUGGGCGGGAGGGCGGAGGACCCGUGAGGACCCGUGAUACAGUGGAUGUCGUCAAGGCGCGAGAGUGCGUGAGACCCGGCGCCCCGGGUGGCUGCCGACUCCAUAUUUUCGCCGUCGCGGCCGCGGUCACGGGGCUGUUGCGGCGUGCGGGCGUUUCACGUGCGGUGCGGGUUUUGUCGACUUGCGACGGCGUUGUGCUUGGCGAGGAGGAGCGGGAUGUGAACCUUGCAAUCUGGUAA